AUAACUGAAGCUGCGUGUAAGUGAGAGUAGGAGAUAGAGAGAGAUCCAUGGCUUGGUAUUUUCGGGCAAGUUUGACCAUGAACGUCCUCCUCCUUGUCGGAACAGUUGUGAUCAUCCCACAUGCGCUUGGUUGCUACACUUCAAUCAUUGGCUUUGGGGAUUCAACUGCUGAUACAGGCAACUCAUACCUCAAUGCCCUUUACCACCAUGACGAGCCUUUCCACUUCUUCUUCCCUCCAUAUGGGGAAGACUUCUUUCAUCACCCCACCGGCCGCUGCUGCGACGGUCGUUUAAUCAUAGACUUCAUUGCUGAAUCUCUGGGACUUCCUCUUGUGCGACCUUAUUUUGAAAUCCUGAACGUCAAUGAAACUGUGCACAACUUUGAACAGGGUGUGAAUUUUGCAGUAGUAGGAGCCACUGCACUUGACACUGACUUUCUUGAACAAAUGGGACAUUAUAAUGAAUUUACAAACUACUCUCUAAGAAUUCAAGUGGAUUGGUUCAAAGGAAUGUUAUCACCUUUAUGCAAUACAGCUUCAGACUGCAGGGAUCUCCUCUCAAGUUCUCUAGUUCUUAUGGGACCGAUUGGAGGCAACGAUUACACCCAUGCGUUGUUUGCAGGAGACAGUUUUCAACUUGUUCGAACAUUUGUUCCAGUAGUGAUGGAAGCAAUGGCUUCAGCUAUCAAUGAGUUGAUUGAGCAUGGGGCAUCAACACUUUUGGUACCAGGCAACUUUCCAAUUGGUUGCCUCCCUACUUAUCUUACAUUCUAUGAGGGUUCAGAUGAGAGUGAAUACGAUCCUUCAACUGGUUGUCUUACAUGGUUAAACAAGUUUUCUGAGUAUCACAAUGAGCAGCUUCAGAUAAAGCUAAGUCAGAUUCGAAGCCUUCAUCCUCAUGCUAACAUCAUUUAUGGAGAUGUUUACAGUGCUACGUUACAACUGUAUCAGUCUCCAAAACAAUUUGGAUUUACUUGGGAAGCAACCAAAGCAUGCUGUGGAGGUGGGGGGACAUACAAUUACAACUCAUCAGCACAAUGUGGUGUUCCACCGGCAAGUGCUUGUCCAAACCCUGAAGAGGCUAUCGACUGGGACGGUCUGCACUGUACUGAAGGAGCCAACCGGUGGAUAGCCAAGGCUUUAUUAUAUGGAAAUUAUACCAUUCCCCACCUUAGUAACUCCUGUGUGUCACAACUGUGACUUGGCCUCCGAUUUAUUUUCCCAUUUAUAUCACACAAGAAUUUUAUUGAUGUCACUUAGUCAACUUAAGUUGCAUCAAUAAUUUUAGGGGGCUUAUACUUCAAGAAGUUCAUUGUGUUUGGCUUUGCACUAGAAGCUAUGUUAUCAAAUCUCGCUCUAGAUGUGCUACUUGUAUCUUGUAAAAAAAAUUAAAUAAAAAGGCCUCCAUGGCUCCAUGUCCCAAUUUGGGAUACACA